UUGCGUCGUCGUCCCGGAAGUGACGUCGCACAGUGGGGAAGACGAUGAGCUUGUCUGUAACCGUGUAGAGAUUGAGUGUGUUAUAUUUCUUCUCCCCCCUGUAUGUGUCUGCUCUUUCUCUCGUCAUGAUUCCGGUGCCGCUCGUGGUGUGUGUUUUGUGCGUCUGGUGCUUCGUCUAUCUAACAGACGUGCUUCUGAAGCUGUCUGAGUCAUAUGGUCAUUGUUAUGAGAUGUGGCUAGGGUCAAAGGGUCUGUCUCUCUCUCCGUUCCACAUCCGCUGGCAGACCUCCCUCUUCAACCGCCUCUUCUCACGCUGCGCUCGCAUCAACCCACACGCCCUCUACCUCUGGUUUACCAGUGGUCUAGUGUUUGGGCUGGUGUCUAUGUGCGGUUCGGUGGUGCUGCUAAUUAGAACCCUGCAGCAGACUGUCCAUCAGAUGACAUCAGACCACCCUCAGGGAGCCAAUCAACAAACACUACAGGUGGUGGUACGUACAAAGAAUGUGUGUGUGUCUGUGUUUGUGUGUGUCUGUGUACUGACUGCUGUGUGUGUGCAGGUCCCAGGUAUAAACCUGCCAGUCAGCCAGCUGGCCUACUUCUUCUCUGCUUUGCUGGUCAGUGGGGUAAUACACGAACUGGGCCAUGCCGUGGCAGCAAUAAGGGAGCAGGUACGUGUGAAUGGUUUCGGUGUGUUUGUGUUCGUGGUGUAUCCCGGAGCUUUCGUAGAUCUCUUCACCACACACCUCAACCUCAUCUCACCUGCCCAACAGCUACGCAUCUUCUGUGCAGGGGUGUGGCAUAACUUUGUGCUGUGUGUAGCAGCAUUGUGUUUCCUCUUCCUGUUGCCUGUCUUCCUGUUUCCUGUUUACUACACUGGGGCUGGAGCCCUCGUCACCGAGGUGGUGCAGGGCUCUCCUGCAGACGGUCCUAGAGGUCUGUCAAUAGGUGACAUGGUGACCGGGCUGGAGGAUUGUGAUGUCAGAACAGUAGAGGACUGGAACUCCUGUCUCACAAUCCACACUCACACACCUCAGACUGGAUACUGUGUCCCAACACACACCCUGCAACCCAGCUGGGCCCAUGGUCGAGUUUACAGGAGAUUGGAUACUUCUAUAGAAUGCUGCAGCAACAACAGUCUGACUGAUCUUUGCUUCUCCUACACCAAACUACAGGAGAAGGAGUAUGCGUGUCUCCCGGCUCGUAAGAUGCUGUCUGGAAGCCGUGUGUGUCGCAGCAACGCAGACUGCCUCACACACACACAUCUUGACACAGACCCUGACACACACUCACCCAGUGUCUGUGUCACACCUUCACUGGAGAACCAGACCAGGUUGAUCCGUCUUACUCAUCCACCCAAUACACAGAUGCUGUUUGUGGGGUACCCUCCUCACCUCCAAUAUGCAGUCAGUCUGACCAACUUUGCUCCUCGCUUCGGCUUCCUGAACCUGGACCUACCUGUUGUCAUGGAGACCUUCUGCAAAUACGUUGUGUCCCUGUCUGGAGCGUUAGCCGUGGUCAACUCUGUUCCAUGCUUCGCUCUCGACGGCCAAUGGAUGCUCUCCGCUCUGCUGGAGGCCACGCUGGUCACUGUGGUUACAGAUCGGCAGCACCGGGAGCUUAUUGGCUUUUUCCUGUUGCUGGGAGGAAGUGCUCUGCUGGCUGCUAAUGUAGCGCUGGGGCUGUGGAUGGUUACUGCCCGGUAACGGUAACUAUGACUACAAACCACCUUCAACGCCUCCAUGGCAACCAACGCCAAGAGACUAUCUCCCGGGGUGCUGUGCUGUGCCUCCGCACAAAGGCAUUGUGGGUCUCUUCCUGCUCCUCUCUGAGAGAAAGACUCCAGUUCCCAUCAGGCACUGCGGUGCACAUGGUGACUAAGGGAUGCUGGGGAAAUGUUGUGUUAAGCUGCACCUUCUCUACUCUCUGGAAUGUGUGUGUCUGUGGGUGUGUCGCGUCACACGCGCUGUGAGGAGGUAUGUGUUUCUGUUUUCUAGGGAUUUCAUGAUACAUUAUUGUUUUAUCUAUUUGUCCCACCUCUUUCUGUCUGUCUCUCAAUUUAAUUUAAUUUGAGGGCUUUAUUGGCAUGGGAAACAUAUGUUUACAUUGCCAAAGCAAGUGAAAUGGAUAAUAACCAAUAAAAAUGAACAGUAAACAUUAUACUCACAGAAGUUGCAAAAGAAAGACAUUUAAAAUAUAUUGCUCUCUCCCAAUCUCUCUGUGAAAUAAAGAGGAAUAAUCUCA